UGUUGGAAGAAAGCAAUUCUGAAACUCAUCGUCUUGGACGUGAUCUUGUGUUCUGUUUGAUGAAAACUGAAACCAGAAACGGAAACUAUUAGUAGAAUCGAGUCCCAGCUGCUUCAUGAUUUUAGGCACCACUGCGGUAUCUCGACCCGCAUACAUCCACUUGCAGUUGUGUGUGGUAACAAAUUUCCAACAUAUAUUGCUGGUACACCGUCAAUACUUUUCAUACCUUUGUCAUAAGGAUUGUCUAAUUCUGAAAUGUACACUUCACCCACUGAUGCACUUUCCACACCUCAGAUCAGGAAAGAAAAUGUAAUCCGAUUCAAUGAACUGAAGAAGCGCGAGCAGCUUGCACGAAAUCAGUUAGAGAGGUUAGAGCUGGAACUGGGAGAGAGUAAACGACUACUUACCAAGGAGGUGGAAGCCAGACGCGAACAACUGAACGAGUUGUGCUACGUUCGUGAAACUGAGAGACAGCAGUGGGCGACAUCACAACGGGCGGAAAUUCAGGAACUUGAGCAACGUUACGAGGCCGCAUUGCAGCAGAUGCAACAAGAGCACGCAGCGGCAAUCGAGGAACAGCUGUUUGAGCAACGCCGGACCAUGGAGAAAGAAUAUAAGCUACGACUAGAACAAAUGAACACAAAACUCGAGGAAAGUCAGAAGCAUAUAGCCGAACUGCAAUCAACCAUAGAAGAAGCACAGCUUCAUAGCGAACACACUCGUGAAACACUGGUUAGUAAACACCGAGAAGAAAUGGAUCAACUACGGGAGAUUCAUCAAAAAGACAUGUUGGUAUUAAACGAAAAAUUGGCCCAGGCUCGAGCACGAGAGAAGGCUGCAGCCAAUUCGCUACGACAACGUGAGAAGUUGUGGGCAAACGCAAUGGAAAAGUUGCAAGAAAAUCAGCCAAUGGAGACAAAACACCUACCAAUCGAGGUUCAGAGCCACAUGGAGGCAACCAUUGAAGCACUGAGAUUACAGGUCGAGCUGCUCCAGAAGCGAAUAAUUCUACUGAGAGAAGGGAACACUACAUUGCCCACGAACAAGGAAUACGGAGCCCACAUUUCAUCGGGACAACGAGCAUACGACGCUGGGGCAUACAUUUUGAGCCCCGUUCAUACGGAUCAGACGUAUCCAAUCACAAACGGAGAGCUUCCAAGCCGUGAUCUCAAAUUAAAGUGGGACAAUCCAGUGAAGCCCGCAUUCCGAGUGGCCCCAUGGAUAGAAGAGGCUGUAAUAAAAAGCGCUAAAACUGGUGAUCCAGCGUGUAGCAACGGACAAAGUGGCUUGAUCGAAAGUGGACUUCAGUUGUACACCGCAACAUAAAACCAACAAAACGCUCUCCACAUGAGAUGUACAUUGCAAUUUGAAUCCAAUACAAUCGAAAUAUAG